AUGUUUAGAACAUCAAUAGGUGUAUCGAAUUUAGAUCGAUCAAUAAUUAGCGAUGAGCGAUGGGUUUGUACAGACAGGUGUUUGUUUGGAAAAACAAAUAUAGACAAAAACAAUAUGAUCAAUAUUGUCAAUGAUCAAAUCCUACCAACACCCCCUGCUUCACCCAUGAAAUUACAGGGAGACGGAGACGGAGGUGGGGAUGGAGAUGUAGACAUGAAUGGAAAUGGACGAGUGGUUAGAUCAGACUCGAUCAGUGAUAUAGCCAUCAUGUCUAAACAAUUUCUUAGCCCAUUCUCUAGACACAGAGCAUCAACUGUCUCUGGUGCUUUGGCAUUCUCCUCCGGAUUUACUAAUAACCCUAAUGGUACUGGUACAACCGCUGUUUACAACAACAACAACAACAACAACUAUGGUAAUAGUGGUAUAGUGACUACAGCAACAAUGGCGACAUCAUCAACAUCAUCUUCAACAACAACAAGACCAACAAGUGAACAAUUAUUUCAUCAACUUGGAAACCAUUAUCAACAACAUCAACAGGGAACACGACCAACUUCAAUGGAUGAUAAAAUAACAAUAUCAUUAUCAACCGAGAUGAUUCAUGGCAACACCAACAAUAACCAUUGUAAUUUAUAUUCUUAUCAAACUCCACAAAAGAAUCCAUCCUAUACAAUUAAUGAAGAUGAUGGGGAGAAUACAACUCCAAUCUCAUCUCCCUUGACUCCCAUCACUCAUUAUGACUUGUCACCACGUGGACAAGGUAUUAUUAAAUUGGAUCUAUUACAACAACAGCAGCAACAUCAACAACAACAAAAUAAUCAAUUGUCUCCAUAUUCGUCACACUCGACAUUUGUGGCGAGUGGUAAACGAUGUACUCCAGGGACAUCAACAGUCAACAAACGAUCAUCUACCUCUUUAUUGGCAUCUCCCAUGUUAUUGAGUGGUGGCGGUGGUGAUUAUCAUCAUGGACAUGGUGCAGGCGGAGAUGUUAUAACACCACCAUCAAGUCCACUUCAUGGUAGUGGUACAACCGGUACAGGUAUUGGUCAAACAACACAACAAAUAUAUCAACAACAAAUAUACCAAUACCAACAACAACAACAAAAUCAAGCCAAUAAUACAUUAAAAGUAUUUUCACCACCUCGUCGUAGAAAGACUUGUGCCAAUUUACAUGCACGAGUAUAUAAUUCCCCAUCACCAAAUACAAUGUCACCAUCACCUGCCAUUGUUCUCACUCCACCUCCCACAGAGUCAUUGUCAGAUGACUAUAACAGUACUGAGAAUGAUGCAGUAACAGCUGUCAUGAUGGCAUAUGCUGAUGCCCGUAAACUACUGCAACAAGGUGUUGCCUACUUGCCCGCCGAGCUUCUUCUCAAUAUAUUCCAAUAUUUCACAGCAGAACAAAUCUGCAAGGUUGGUAUGACAUGUAAAUGGUGGCAGAUUGUCGCCGAACAAAAUACACUAUGGCUCUCUAAAUUUACCGAACGUUUUCAACGUCCUCAAAAUAUUAUCGAUCGUCUAACAACUAUUAGUAAAGAAUCUUGGAAAGAAUUAUAUAUUCAACAUUUUUUUUUGGAUACAUCAUUUAGUGAAAUUGAAAAGAUAUUAGUAUUAUUUCCAGUUACACCAGAAUAUGAACAUGAUAUUACAAUAUUAUUAAACAAAGUAUUAAAUUAUUUACAACACACUGAAUCAGUGACAGAGUAUAUAUUGAAAUUGGAGCAUUUGAAAACAAUCCAUUUGACAUUUGGAAACAAGGUAGAGGCUGCCAUAUGCCAAUUGAAUCACAGUCAGCUGAUCAGUUGGUCAAAUGACGCAGACAUUACAUUUAAAGAAGAGUAUGGGUAUCCCAUGGAAUCACAAUCCGAUCGUAAAGAGAGACUACUAAACAGCUCACUCGAAUUGUUUAUGGAUGGAAAGUAUUGGGAGCGAGGUUUGGCAAUCAUUAAAAAACUUCGAAAAAAAUAUAAAAAAGAUAUACAACAAAAAGGUUUACAACAACAACAACAAAAUCAACUUAUUAAAAAAUUGGUUAGUUUAAGUAAAUUAGAACAUACAUGUUAUAAUUCAAUUGAACGUAAAGAAAGAUUUUUUGAGGAAUAUUUCCUUGUUGAAUUUAGAGGAAAGGGGUUCCCGAAAUCAGUCGAUGGCAAAAAGUAUAUAUUUAGGGGUCGAGAGUUGGAGAAGCUUGGAAACUUUGUUGGACGUAUGAAAAAUAGAUUCCCGGGUGCAAAGGUUGUCCCAAAGACUGACAAGGACGAUAUUUUGACUGGACAGUACAUCCACAUUCGUCCUUGUAAGCCUGUAUCAAUGCCAAAGGAUUUUGCAAAGACUACUGGUACUGGUGAAAGUUUGGAUAACUUUAGUGGUGGUGGUAGUGGAGACAUGAGUAGAUCAAACUUUAAAGAUCUCCAAUCCUACAUUAAUAACAACUCCAAGGUAUUUUUCUUUUCACUUCCAUUUAAAAAAAAGAAAGAACCUAAAGAGUUGGAUGGUCUAUCCCAACAACCAACACAACAACCAGAGAAUGAAUUUUUAGAUUUAUGGACUUGUCAUACAUACAUUGUAUCUUCUUCGAGUUUUCCUAAUUUGAUUAGGUGUAGUGAGGUACAGGCAAUUAUAGAGAUUGAACGUAACCCAUUAGAGAAUGCAAUUGAAACGUUGGACAAGAAGAAUAAGCAGCUCGAUGGCAUAUUUGAAGUGACCAAGAUGCAAAAGGAGUGGUCUAACAACUUGACCAUGGCACUUAAUGGAGUGGUCGAUGCGGCAGUGUCGGGUGGAGUCAACAUGUAUCGCGUGUUUUUCAGUCUGUCCUACUUGCAAGAGAACCCAGGUCACUUGGACCUACUCAAGCGACUCAAGGACCUGUUGUUUUCACAAAAACGGUUGUUGGCAUGCGGACUCGACUUGCACGCACACUAUUGUCCAAUGAAUAUGAAAGCAUUGCAAAACAAGAUGGAAGUAUGUUUUGAAAAGUGGAAGCAGAUUAUCGAGGAGCUUGUCAUUUACUCGCCACCAGAGACCCCAACGAUUGCCAGGCCACCCUCCCCUAUUAAUCUCAUCGAUGAGAUUGAUAUUCAACAAAUGGUCGUCCCACCAAAAUUACAAACUACAAAGUCUCCCGUCAAGUCAACAGCAUCUACAGCAGAAGUAGUAGUCACGAAAGAUUCACCAAGAAAGAUCCUAACUAGAAAGGAUUCCCCUAUUAAAAAUGUUCAACAACAACAGCCAACAACAAGGAGCGACUCCCCCAAACACCAAAUCCAACAAUUGUCAAGUCAACUCAAGGAAAUUAAUCUAUCAACUAACAACAACAAUACACCAACCAAACAACCAUUAUUCUCACCGCGAAAAUCACCUUCUUCGUCAUCUGCUGCCAUGCCACCACCAUCUGCACCGCCUGCCAAACCGACGGCCAAGGUUGUACCCAAGACAUCCAAGACACUGGCAACACCAACCAAGAAGCAGUUGUUGGCCAAUCCAAACACGUUGGGAUUGUCGGCUAGCAAACCACCUAUAACUGCCAAGCAGCUAACCAGUGGUAGUCCCAGUUUAGCACCACCCAUGCACAUUAAGCCAUCGUCCUCAUCGGUAUCGUCUACCUCGUCGUCGACCGUUAGAAACACCAGUCCCGGUCUACGUCCCUCAUCCAGUGCAUCAAAUCUUAAUGCUCUAACAACACAAUCCACUACUAUGAUGACAACCACCACGACCACUACUACAACUACGACCACUACCUUUUUGACUACCCCACCUUUGGCAUCAUCACCGUCCCCAUCCCCAUCCACCACACAACCAUCAUCUGCAUCAUCCUUGUAUAGACCAACUCUUAGUCUCUUGGCCAAACGCUCAAAAGAGAAUACCAGCACUUCCAAUGUAUUAGUAGCACCACCAACACCAGCCUCACCAAGAAACCCUAAACCUAAUCUAAAUAGUACAAUGGGUUCAACUGGCAGCAGCAGCAUCAGUCGAUCAACCCCACCUCUAAGUGGACGAUCCACCCCAACCAAACCAUCACCAACACUAAUUUCUCAAUUACAAUUACAUCAUCAACAACAUCCUCAACCUCAACAACAACAACCACAACAACAAUCUUCUAAAACUCAACCACCACUAAAGUCACCGAGAAUAUCUAAAAUCACUAAAACAACAGAACCCAAAACACCACCACCAUCUACAACAUCCAAAGGAUCCUCUUCACUCUCUUCAUUUUCCCUCACAACCAUUAAAAAGAGAUUGUCACUCGAUGGUAACGGUAGCAGCAGUAGUAGUGCCGGUAAAAGAUUAUCAAUGAUUUUUAAGGAAACUCCUAUUUCCAUGGUAGCCAACAGUACCAACAACCACCAUGCCCAUGCUAGUAAACCACCUAUUAGUAGCAAGGGUUCAUCAUCUUCUUCAUCAACUACCAAUCAAAACAGUAAUCCAAAUAGUAAUAGUGGAACUGCAACUAGUGGUAGUAGUAUGACUGGAUUAAAAUCAUUGAAAAAGAUAGCAUUAUCCAAACAAUCUACAUUACCAACUACUACCAUUUCACCACCAUUAAAUGGAACACUAACCAAACCAACGACUUUACCAACGACGACAACAACGAAUAACUUUACCUAUCCCAAAGAUGAAACACCCAAAUUACACAAGGUGCCAAAUCGUGGAGCUCUAACACCCAUUCCAAUCACACUUAGUUUAUCACAUCAUCCAUCAUCCACUUUAUUAUCAUCAUCUUUAUCAUCUGCAUCUACAACACCACCACUAUCAUCAUUACCAUCAUCAUCAUUGUCAUCAAUAUCAUCUUCCAACAACUAA